AUGGCCUCGCCACGGGACUACCCUGACCAAUUUCCAUAUAUUGACUCCUGGCUCGCCGUGCUCAUAAAGAACCCCCCUUGGUUGAGGCAGUGCAUGAAGGAAACAAAAAUCGUUCUGCUGCUGCAACCCGAGGGGGACCCCGGCGGAGCCAUGAUGGGGUCACGAUCCCGGGCGGGCGGAUCGAGGGGGGGACAGAGCCGGUAUAUUUACACUCCCUUUUCCUCCGCCGACCUUCUUAAUUGGAAGACCCAUGUCGCCUCCUAUACUGAAAAACCUGAAGCCCUUACAAAUCUGUUGACCAGCAUUAUGGGGACCCAUAGCCCAACGUAUCCAGACUGCCAGCAGCUUCUUUUGACCCUCUUUACAACUGAGGAGCGUCAACGCAUUUUAAGAGCAGCCAAAAAGAAAGCUAAGAGGCCACCACUGCCGAUAAAGGCUAACCGCGCCCAAUGGUUAGCAGACCAUUUUCCUGAAGCCGACCCCAGUUGGGAUGCGAAUAAUACAGACCAUAUGCGCCUCCUCAGGGCCUAUAGGGGCUAUUUGUUGGCAGGAAUGCAGGAGGCAGCGAAGAAGGCCACAAAUAUGACCAAAAUUGGGGAGGUUCUCCAGAGGCCAGAUGAAGCUCCUGGAGCUUACCUAGAGCGUUUGUAUGAAGCCUACCGGCUCUACUCGCCCUUUGACCCCGAGCAUGCUGACAAUCAGCGCAUGGUGAACUGUGCUUUUGUAGCCCAAGCAGCAAGCGAUAUAAAACAAAAAUUACAGAAGCAGGAAGGGUUUGCGGGCAUGAAUAUUACCCAGCUCCUAGAAAUAGCCCAGAAGGUUUUUGACAGACCGGGUUCCCCACCGCCUGGCCCCCGGGAGCCCAUGGUCAAGGCAACAUUGGGGGGCCACAAACUAUCGUUUAUGGUUGACACAGGGGCUGAAUAUUCCGUUGUCAACAUCCCAGUGGCACCUACCAUUGCACAGUCCAUCCCAAUUGCCGGGGCCACUGGCCAGGUGGCCCGAAAGUCGUUUCUGCAAAAUCGCAUUUGUGACCUAGGGACCCAUCUGGUCUGGCACAAGUUCCUGUAUGUCCCCGAGUGCCCCCUGCCCUUGUUGGGUCGAGACAUUUUAUCCAAAUUAAGAGCGGCUAUUUAUUUUGAAGAGGAUGGCCAAGCUACUGUGGAGUUUCGGGUGGGCCCAGCUGGUAUUCUUGUGCUCACAUGCCCCCUAGAAGAGGAAUGGAGGCUCUUCCAGACACCCCCUGAAAAGAGCUUGUCAGAUCAGUGGGCCUCUGUCAUCCGGGGUUUGGCCCGCCACCACGCCCCGAUUAUUAUUGAACUUUUACCAGGCGUCCAGCCCAUCCGCCUACGACAGUACCCCAUCCCCUGGAAAGCUAUGGAAGGGAUCCAGAAGCAUCUGGAUAGACUGCUGAAAUAUGGCAUUCUCAAGGAGUGCCAGAGUCCAUGGAACACCCCGCUGUUACUGGUCCAGAAGCCCGGCACUGGCGAGUUCAGGCCCUGCCAGGACCUACGAGCAGUAAAUAAAAAGACUGUGACUUUGCACCCAGUAGUGCCAAACCCAUAUGUGCUGCUGGGGUUGGUGCCGCAGCAAGCUGAUUGCUUUUCUGUGUUGGACUUAAAGGAUGCCUUCUUUUGUCUGUGAAUUGCCCCUUCUAGCCAGCCCAUGUUUGCGUUUCAGUGGCAAGAGCAGGGCACGGGCAGGACGCUCCAAUACACCUGGACUCGGCUUCCCCAAGGGUUUAAGAAUAGCCCCGCCCUCUUUUCAAAUGCAUUAGCCCAAGACCUGCAGGAUUUCAAUGCGACCCCGAGGACAUGUGUCUUGAUCCAGUAUGCAGAUGACCUGCUGAUUGCUGCUCAGGGGCGAGACUGCUGCUAUCAGGCGACUCUGGAAUUGCUAGAGUUGUUGUGGAAGGCAGGGUACAAGGUGUCCAGAAAGAAGGCCCAGUUGUGCCAAGACCAAGUUAAGUAUCUGGGCUUCCAUGUGUCCCAAGGCUCCUGAACACUGGGGCAAGAAAGAAAGGAGGCCGUUUGUGCCCUAUCUGAGCCCACCUCAAGACGACGGGUCAGGGAAUUUCUGGGAGUGGCGGGGUUCUGCCAAGUGUGGAUCCCAAACUUUGCCCUGAUAGCCAAACCUCUUUAUGAAGCCACAAAAGCGGGGGAGCGAGAACCAUUCCUGUGGGAAGCUGAGCAGAAGAAGGCUUUUCGAGAGCUAAAGAAGUUAUUGAUGGAGGCUCCCGCCCUAGGCUUGCCCGAUGUGGAAAAGCCCUUCACCCUUUUUGUCCAAGAGCGAAGUGGAGUGGCCGUCGGAGUCCUGACCCAGGUACUGGGGUCAUGGCAAUGUCCGGUCGCUUAUCUUUCAAAACAACUAGACUCGGUGGCAAAGGGUUGGCCUGGCUGUCUUCGAGCUGUCGCAGCCACUGCAGAACUCAUCAAAGAAGCCGACAAACUGACUUUGGGACAAGAGCUCGAGGUCAAACUGCCCCAUGCUGUGCUGACCCUGAUGGACUAUAAGGGAAAUUACUGGUUUACCAACAGUCGCAUGACUAAAUAUCAGGCUAUGAAGUGCGAGAAUCCUAGAAUUCGGCUGACCACUACAGGAGCUUUGAAUCCUGCAUCUCUACUUCCUAUCAGUGAUCAACCCACUGACCAUGACUGUAUCCAGACUAUGGAUGAGGUAUAUUCCAGCCGCCCUGACUUGACAGAUGCCCCCCUACUGAAUCCAGAUGUCGAAUAUUACACAGACGGGAGCAGCUAUAUGCAAGACGGGAAGCAUUAUGCGGGGUAUGCAGUCGUCACCUGUCAGAAGACCAUCGAAGCGAGACCUCUGCCAACAGGGACAUCAGCUCAGAAGGCCGAAUUGAUCGCCCUAACUCGAGCCCUGGAACUAGCAGAGGGGGUGACUGUAAACAUCUACACGGAUUCCAAGUAUGCCUUUUUGACUCUACAUGCUCACGGGACACUGUACAAAGAAAAAGGACUUAUUAACUCAGUGGGAAAGACUAUCAAAUAUGGGGCUGAGAUUUUGAGGUUGUUGGAGGCGGUAUGGGCACCACGAAAAGUCUCCGUGAUGCAUUGCCGGGCUCACCAAAAACCCCUUAGUCCUGUAAGUAUGGGAAAUCGCAGGGCUGACGAGGUGGCCAAACGGGCCGCGGUGCGGGGAGAAGCGGACAAGGUAGGACAGCCCAUCUGCCCUAUUUUUCAGGUCCCAUUAGCUAAAUGGACCCCCCGGUACAGUGCGGCAGAGGAGGAUUGGGCUGUGACCCAAGGUGCCUCUCAAGCGCGUGUAAAGGGAUGGAUCCAGUUACCUGAUAAACGCUUGUUUGUGCCUGAAGCCCUGGCCUGGCCUCUUGUUGUGCAGGCCCAUGAGGGAACACAUUUUGGGAAAACUGCGCUGGCUGAGCUGUUGGAUAGACAGUUGUACAUUUCAAAAUUACAUAGUCUGUGUGAAAAAGCAGCCCACAGGUGCGUUCCUUGUGCUCAUAACAACCCUCGGCAAGGCCCAAGCCGUCCCCCAGGAAUACAGCACAUGGGAACAACCCCCUUUGAAUCCCUCAUCACUGAUUUUACUGAAAUGCCCCGUUCAGGGUGUUGGAAAUAUUUGCUUGUGUUUGUGUGUACUUUUUCUAAUUGGAUAGAAGCUUUCCCCACUAGAACAGAGAAAGCAUCGGAGGUGGUAAAACACCUGCUGAAAAAUAUCUUGCCAUUUUGGGGUCUCCCAGUGACAAUCUCUUCUGAUAAUGGGCCAGCUUUCAUUCACAAGGUAGUGCAGAAGGUAUCACGGGAAUUACAUAUUGAUUGGAAGUUGCAUGCCACUUAUCGACCCCAGUCUUCAGGUAAAUGCAAGCGAGCAAACAGGUCGAUAAAAGCCCAGCUGUCUAAAUUGUGCCAAGAAACUAGCUUGAAGUGGCCCGAUGCAUUGCCAAUUGCCUUGUUUCGGUUAUGGUGUUUACCUAAGAAAAAUCUAAAACUUAGCCCAUAUGAAAUUGUCUUUGGGAGGCCACCCCCCAUUGCAAAAGGGAUACAAGGGGACCCAGCUCAGAUUGGGAAUUUUGUAUGGUUUCAGGAGAUCCAGUCCCUGGGGAAGGCAAUGAAUGAAAUGUCUAAAUAUGUGUUAGAGAUUCUACCACUGCAGGUUCAUAACCCAGUCCACCCAUUUCAGCCCGGGGACGAGGUGUGGGUCAAGGCUUGGAGGACCCAACCGCUCCAGCCACGGUGGAGAGGCCCGUUUACCAUUCUGCUCUCUACCCCGACUGCAGUUAAGGUCCAAGGACUGGCCAGGUGGAUUCAUCUGAAGCGAGCUGCCCCUGAGUGGCGCUGCAACCAACAAGAUAUCCUACCUGGAGCAGGAGAGACUGACGUGAGUGCCGGGGGUCCCGCGGAGCUGCCGGAGCUGCUGCCGGCUUGCGGGGCGAGGCGAGGCCUGGGAGCGAGUGCGGAGGAAGUUGAGACGCCGGGCUGGGCUGCGGAGUGGAGAACGGAGCAGAGCGGCUGGGACGCCCACGCCCAAUACAGCCGGUGGCGUGCGGUGGACGAGCAGAGAGACCGAGUGGAGAGACCGGGCGAGGGAGUGUGCAGAGGCAGGCGAGCGACCGGAGACCUCGCAAUCACGUGA